AUGUUUCCUCUAAGCUCGAGGCACAAAUCUUAUUACAACCUUAACAGUUUCAAACAAAACCACUUUUCUUCUUCAUCACCAUCACCUCUCUUGUUUUCUUUAACUUUCUUAGCCACCCUUUUAGCCGCCGCUGCGGCCACCACCGCGGCCACCACCUCCACCACCACCGGCCAUGAGGGUUCUAUACUGUUUUCUUGGCUGCACAGCUCUUCUUCUUCUUCACCACCACCCGCUUUUUCAAACUGGAAUGCACUUGAUCCUACACCAUGCAAAUGGAAUUACAUAACAUGCAAUUCAAGAGGGUUCGUUACUGAAAUCAAUAUUCUGUCAGUCCCUCUUCAGCUCCCUUUGCCGUCAAAUCUUUCUUCGUUUAUAUAUCUUGAGAAACUGGUGAUUUCUGAUGCAAACAUCACUGGAAUAAUUCCACCAGAAAUUGGUGAUUGUACUGCACUCGGAGUCAUUGAUUUGAGCUCAAAUAGUCUUGUGGGUAUAAUCCCUUCAAGCAUUGGGAAGCUUCAAUCCCUUCAAGAUUUGAUUUUGAACUCAAAUGAAUUAACUGGGAAAAUCCCAGUUGAGCUAUGCAAUUGUCAAGGCCUAAAGAACCUUUUGCUUUUCGAUAACAAGCUUGACGGAAACUUACCAUCAGAGUUAGGCCAAUUAUCGAGUCUUGAGGUCCUCCGGGCCGGCGGUAACAAAGAUGUCGCUGGAAAAAUCCCCGAUGAGCUCGGAAACUGCAGCAAUUUGACAGUUUUAGGCCUGGCUGAUACGCGGAUUUCAGGUUCUUUACCAGCCACGUUAAGCAAGCUCAAGAAGCUGCAGACAUUGUCCAUAUACACCACAAUGCUCUCUGGUGAAAUCCCACCUGAAAUAGGUAACUGCUCUGAGCUUAUGAACUUGUAUUUGUAUGAGAAUAGUCUGUCUGGUUCAAUUCCAAAAGAGAUUGGCAAAUUGUCAAAGUUGGAAAAAUUGUUAUUAUGGCAAAAUAAUUUUAUUGGGGAAAUUCCAGAUGAGGUUGGGAAUUGCACCAAGUUAAUUUCUAUAGAUUUGUCCUUGAAUUCUUUGUCUGGCAUUAUACCUUGGUCUAUUGGUGGUUUGGUUGAGCUUGAAGAACUUAUGCUGAGUGAUAAUAAUGUGUCUGGUUCAAUUCCUACUGUUCUUUCAAAUGCUAGAAGUCUUGUUCAGUUGCAGCUCGACACUAAUCAGAUCUCGGGUUUGAUUCCUUCUGAGCUAGGAAAAUUAUCAAACCUUGAAGUGUUUUUGGCUUGGCAGAACCAGCUUGAAGGGAGUAUUCCUUCCAGUUUGGCUAGUUGUAGCAAUCUUCAAGCAUUAGAUUUGUCUCACAAUUCACUCACCGAUAUUGGUAACUGUAGUUCCCUAGUGAGACUUAGACUUGGAAACAAUCGGAUCACAGGUGGAAUUCCUAAAGAAAUUGGAGGGUUGAAGAGCUUAAAUUUUCUUGAUUUUUCUGGAAAUCGACUUUCCGGACCAUUGCCUGAUGAAAUUGGAAGUUGCACAGAGUUACAAAUGUUGGACCUAAGUAAUAAUACAUUAGAAGGUCCCCUGCUUAACUCGCUAUCAUCACUAUCUGGGCUUGAGGUUCUUGAUGUUUCAAGUAACCGAUUUUCCGGUCCUAUUCCAGCGAGUUUUGGCCGUCUUGUUUCAUUGAACAAGCUAAUGAUGAACAAGAAUUCGUUCUCUGGAUCAAUUCCUUCAUUGCUUAGCCUCUGCUCGAGUCUCCAACUACUUGAUCUUAGCAGCAAUCAGCUUUCUGGCAGCAUUCCUAUGGAGUUGGGUAAAAUUGGAUCUCUUGAAAUAGCUCUCAACCUGAGUUGGAAUGGACUCACCGGAGAAAUUCCAGCCCAAAUUUCUGCACUCGACAAGCUUUCGAUAUUAGACAUUUCACACAACAAGCUUCAGGGGGAUUUGAGUUCUCUUGCCAACCUAGAUAACCUCAUCUCUCUCAAUGUCUCAUAUAACAAUUUUACCGGUUUUCUCCCUGAUAACAAGCUCUUUCGCCAAUUAACACUAUCGGACUUGGCUGGAAAUCAAGGCCUAUGUGCUUUUGGGAGGGACUCAUGUUUCUUGGGUAAUGCUAAAGGAAUAGAAGUGGCAAAACAGGGGAGUCAGAUGAGAAGGUCGAGGGGGUUCAAAUUGACAAUUGUAUUGCUCAUUGCUAUGACAAUUGUGAUGGUGAUAAUGGGAAUAAUUGCAGUAAUUCGAGCUCGUAGAACGAUUAGAGGUGAUGAUGAAUCGGAGAUCGGAGAUUCAUUGCCUUGGCAAUUCACUCCAUUCCAGAAACUCAACUUUUCGGUACAAGAAGUAUUGAGAAGCCUAGUAGAUUCCAAUGUGAUCGGAAAAGGAUGUUCGGGUGUUGUCUACCGUGCGGAUAUGGACAAUGGGGAAGUCAUAGCAGUGAAGAAACUAUGGCCCAUAACAAUGGCUGCAACUAAUGGAUGUAAUGAUGAAAAGCCUGGCGUUCGUGAUUCCUUCUCAGCAGAACUUGUUGAGGACGGCGAUUUUGGCCGGUCCUCAAAUACAAUUGCAGGUUCCUAUGGAUACAUUGCCCCUGAAUAUGGCUACAUGAUGAAGAUCACAGAAAAGACUGAUGUCUAUAGCUAUGGCGUCGUCAUAUUGGAAGUCUUAACUGGAAAACAAGCAAUUGAUCCAACAAUACCUGAUGGACUUCAUAUAGUCGAUUGGGUAAGGCAGAAAAGGGGAGGGCUCGAAGUUCUCGAUCGAAGCUUGCUAUCCCGACCCGAAUCCGAGAUCGAGGAAAUGAUGCAGGUAUUGGGCAUAGCCUUAUUAUGCGUAAACUCAUCGCCCGAUGAAAGGCCUACUAUGAAAGAUGUGGCUGCAAUGCUCAAGGAAAUCAAGAAUGAAAGAGAAGAGUUUGCGAAAGUAGAUGUCCUCCUCAAGGGCUCUCCCCAACCGGAAAAUCACGAAAAUAAGAACUCGACUGGAGUUCCGGCGACAUCUUCGUCAAAACCAGCAAUGCAAAGCUUGUACCAGGGAAGCGUCAACACGAGCUUCUCGGCUUCAUCAUUGCUUUACUCAUCUUCUUCUAGUACCAAAAUGGGGUUCAAGUGA